UUUUCGCGGUAAAAAAUGGCGGCGUGAGAUUGUCACUGUUCUUGAUUUUCCUCUGUCGAUUUCCAAUAUUCUUCCACAAAUUAGUACGUAUUAACAAAUAAAAACACAAAAAAAUGGCAAAACUCGUGGAUCUGUGUGAGAAGUACUUUGGCAGUCGUAAUUUCUACGAAGUUCUCAAGAUUCAGCAGACUGCCACUGAUAAAGAAGUCAAGAAAGCUUAUCACAAACUAUCCCUCCUUGUCCACCCUGAUCGCGUGGAUGAGGCCACGAAGGAUGAAGCCACAGAGAAGUUCAAAGUCCUGGGAUUCAUUCACUCUAUCCUUAGUGACAAUGACAAACGGAAAAUCUACGAUGAGACUGGACAGUAUGAUGAGGAUAGCGAGGAGGUCGUCAUGAAGAACUGGGCUGACUACUGGAAGACUUUAUUCAAACCAAUCACUGUCCAGGAUAUAAAUAAAUAUGAGAAGGAGUACAAAGGGUCUGAGACUGAGAUCAAAGACUUGAAACGAGCCUACGUGGACAGUAAAGGAGAUAUGGACUACAUCCUGGAAGCUGUGCCCUUCACAAAUUGUGAGGAAGAGCCCCGCCUCCGUGAGAUAAUAUUCAAACUGAUCGCAGCAGAAGAAGUGCCUGAGUACGAGUCCUUCACAAAUGAGCCCAAGAAGAAGAGCGAGCGUCGAAAGCGCAAAUGGGCCAAAGAAGCGGCUGAGGCUGAAAGACUCGAGAGAUCUCGAUCACUUGACAACGAUGAGAAUAACAGCCGUUCUGAUGAUUUAGCACUGGCUAUUCAAAAUCGUAAUAAGGCAAGAGCAAAUCAGGCUGAGAGUUUCUUUGAUUCACUCAUCGACAAGUACGCGAAUAAGGCCGGCAAGGAAAAAGCCACAAAAAAGAGUGCAUCUGCCAAGAAGAAGAGGAAGGCAUAAAAAGAGAGAUUGGACUUGGGGGGGGAGCGACAACCGUUAAAUCAUCUUGGGAACAUGUACCACUAUUUAAUACAACACUAAAUCAUAGACAGAUAUUUUUUUUGUCUCUUUGUCGCAGAUUUAUUUACCAUAGAAAUUCAAAGUAUUUUGUUUCUAUUUCUCUCUUCUCGUCUUGUAAAUUUCAUUUCUAACAUGUUUUUUUGGAAUAAUUGUACUAUUUAUGAAUAAAUUGUUGCGGUUAGCUUUUGUAAUCGA